UAACAGCGUAGUGCAAUAGCAAGUGUCCAGCAAGAACAAGAUGGGUAUCGACAUCAAGGAUCACCACGUCAAGAAGGCCCAACGCUCGGCUCCCGCUAGUCAGGAUCCCUACCUCCUCCUUCUCGUCAAGCUCUACCGGUUCUUGGCACGUCGUACGGACUCCAAGUUCAACAAGGCUGUUCUCCACCGUCUUUUCCUUUCAAAAAUCAACCGUCCCCCUCUUUCGCUAUCAAGAAUAGUCAAAGAGACUGCCUCGACCCCUGAUCGCGACUCGAAAGUUAUCGUCAUUAUCGGAACUAUCACCGAUGACGUUCGUCUCGCCACCGUGCCCAAACUCACGAUUGCUGCUCUUCGCUUCACCCAGGCCGCCAAGGAGCGCAUCCUGAAUGCUGGCGGCGAGAUCCUGACUCUCGACCAACUUGCCAUGCGGGCACCCACCGGCGCCAACACGGUCCUUCUCCGGGGGAAGAGGAACACUCGUGAGGCUGUCAAGCACUUCGGUAUGGGCCCUCACAAGCACAAGAAGCCCUUCACCGCCUCCAAGGGCCGCAAAUUCGAGCGUGGUCGUGGUCGCCGAAAGUCUCGUGGCUUCAAGGUCUAAGGGACAGGCCACAAAACGUCGUUACGGCGCAUUUGGGAGACAUAUCGAGAAGACCUUUUGGCUAUGCGCAUUAUGCAAUCUGCAAUUUCCAAUCCUACCACGCUGCUUUAGGGCCUAUUGUUAUGUAUGCCUCCCGCUUAUUCAUGCCUUCGUGCCUGGGUCUUCGAGCCUUGAGUGUAAAAUAGCUGUCGGAGUGAACUUGGGAUAGAGGAUGACGCU